UGCGCAUGCGCUAAAUUGGUACUAGAGCGCUCGAGCGGGCGUGGACGGACGCGACGAGGGGUCGGGUGUAAUCCGCUAUGGAGAGGGUCAGCGCAUUUCAGCCUCUCCCCUGCGGGAGACGCCAAUCAGCAUUUCGCAAACUAAUUACGGAAAUCUCCGAACACCUUCUCCCGGGCGAGGUGACGAAAUGUUCCUUCAUUCACAACCUGCCGAAGGAGCGCUCGUCUUCGGCGCUCGACACGCUCGAGUCCCUCAUGCAAGGAGGAAUGUUCUCCCACUCGAACGUGGAGCCGCUUGUGGACCUGCUGAAGGAUAUCAACCGACACGACCUGGUGAACGAACAGGUGGAGUCGUUCCGCAGAGAUUUCUAUGACGAAGACGAGUUGUCCCAGUCUCUGCCUGCUCCUCUCAUGACCCAGCAAAUUCCUCUGGAGAGACGAUCAAACACAGUACCUGCCGAUACUGCCCACGCUGGCAUUCCUCCGUCACUGGCCGUACAGGAAACUGCCCCCAUAGCUCCCUCACAAACUGUCAACAAAACUCCCGCACCGACACUUCAGAGGCCUUCUUCACACGAGUUUUCAAAUUCUCUCACGCGACAGGAACGCACCAGCACCCCACAGAGUCCAGAGAUGCCGCCACUGUCUGCCGCAAACUCACCUCAACCAGUGUAUGCAGAUCCUAGCCCAGAAUCAGGUGAAGCACCAACUCCGCACAGGCCACGGAUCUACACUCCAGUAAAGUGGAAUGAUGUCGGAGUUUCGCCUCACCACAAAUUCAAAGAGUGUUCCCCGUCAAAUUCGAGCAGUUUUAAUGAGUUGCAGUGCUACGCGAAUCAAUCUAGUGAGCAUCUCCUUGAAUCUUCGCACAUGACAAGACCUUAUAGCCAGCCUGAAGAAUACCCUUCUGCUGCCACACCCACUGACACGCCCACCACACCCAAUGGAAAUGGUGGCACCCAACUGAAAUUGAGACGAGGUGCUCAUCUGUCUCACAAGGCACAGAGUGGGCUGUUUAUGGCUGCAACACCACUCUCAAUGACAUCGCAGCAUCCGCAGCAAAAACAGGGGGCCAGAUCAUUAUCGGAAAGUCGUCCACGUCGCGCAAUGACACCUCCGGCAAAUCUAAACAAACGAAUUUCAGAACCCAACUUUUCCCAUCAUAACAGUUUUAUAUUUCACUCACUGGCGAGGCAAACCAACGCCCGCCCGGAGUCGCGUACCUCUGGGUGGAGUGAGGCGAGUCAACCCAGCCCCAGUCGAUUCCCGGUUGACCACACCCACCAAGAUGAUUGUGACGUCUUUCCACAUUCUCAGCAAUCAUCACAAGCUGACGGUAACGAGGCAACUCAAGGUCACACAGGAGCUACAGAAGGCAGACCCGAUAGUGGGAAGCUGUUUCGCAAGAGGCCGGGCUCUAAAAAGAGAAUUCUGAACAAAUUCACACGAAGUAGAGAUCGCUCUUCCUCCAUUGUAACCUGGUCUGUAAAGAGACGAAAACUGAAUGAAGCCAUAUACGAACAUCGCAGAGAGAAGCUCCUCAAGUGCCCACGAGGACUCGAACUGGAAAACGGGGGGAAGCACCCUCCGAGAUUAACCCUUUACCUCCAUCCCUACGGUUACGAAGACGAUGCACGGAAGAAUUUAACCCUCACUGUGACACUAGAGGCCUCAGUCAAAUCCCACAUACCAAGUUCGGCUGUCAUCCGAAUGGAAAUUUUCGCAAGUGAGACGACUGAGGGGAGGAAGUUGAAUCAUGCUAUUCUGGAGUGCCAGGCAGAUUCUAGAAUCGUUCGUUACAAAGGAUUUCUUAGUCACAAGGAACUCAGAGAGUUGGAGUGUGAGAGCAUCGAAUUCACCGCCUCUGCGAAACUCUAUACCACCAGUUUGACAGAUUGAUGUUGUAUAAUAUAAUAUUA